AUGGUCCAAUCAUCAGACGAGAUUCUCAAGAGAAUAAUGAAUGAAGCCGCUGGAGUCUUGAGCACUGAAAAUGAGGAAAAUUCUGAAUUCGAAUUGGUUAAGCGUUUCCUAGUGCUCAACAAGGAUCUUCUGGUUUCUCGUGUCCUGGAGAUCCUCGCAAGUGCCUAUGUUGAUCCUGGAGGCAAUACUGUGUCUACAAUCUUUGAAAAGUUUCUCAUGCAGAGGGAUAACGAGCAGAGGACUCUAACAGUUGUUGAUGAACAUGGGAAACUCUUCGAAAAAGACACUCCAGUGUCAAAAAAAGUUUCUAGCUCUAAAACCUCCGAUGGAACUCACCACUUGGACUGGCAGCAAUACUGGAUCUCGCUUGAUUCUCACGGGUAUAGCGCAUUGGGGAUACGAAAUUGGCUACAUGGAAAAUAG